AGCAGACUCACAUUGGUAGGAGGCGAGUCAUUUGUCAGCGAUGUCAAAGAGUCUGAAGAAGAAGAACCACUGGACUAACAAAGUCCACGAAGCUGUGCUCACCAGGAAUAAGGAGGGCGAGCUUGGGUUCGAGUUAAAAGGGGGCGCAGAGAAUGGCAAUUUCCCAUAUUUCGGGGAGGUGAAGCAGGGCAAGGUGGACGUACAGAGCGGCAAGCUGUCCCAGGACGAGCUGCUCUUGGAGGUCAACGAUACGCCGGUGGCAGGGCUCACCAUCAGGGAUGUGCUGGCCGUGAUAAAGCACUGCAAAGACCCUUUCCGGCUGAAGUGCGUUAAGCAAGGAGGUGUUGUGGAUAAAGAUCUCCGGCAUUAUCUCAACCUACGGUUCCAAAAGGGUUCAGUGGACCACGAGCUUCAGCAGAUCAUACGUGACAACCUCUACCUCCGGACUGUGCCGUGCACAACAAGACAGCCCAAAGAGGGGGAAGUCCCAGGUGUGGACUACAACUUUGUGAGCAUUGAGCGUUUUAUGGAAUUAGAGAAAAGUGGGGCCUUGUUAGAAAGUGGAACUUAUGAAGAUAACUUCUAUGGCACACCAAAGCCUCCAGCGGAACCCACGCCGAUGCUGUUUAAUGUGACGGACCAACUCUUGCCCGGCGCCCGACCCAGUGCAGAGGGAAAAAGGAAGAGGAACAAGUCCGUCAGUAACAUGGAAAAGGACAGCAUUGAGCCACCAGAAGAAGAGGAGGAAGAGAGUCCUGUUGUCAAUGGCAACGGCAUCGCCAUUACACCAGAAUCGAGUGAACAUGAAGACAAGAGUACGGAUGCUUCUGGGGAUGUACCACCCCAUUCAUGUCCACCCGAAACCCCCACCCUCACCGCCACAGAUGCCCCGGAGGAGGAAGGAGAGGUACCCAAGUCCCCACAAGACUCCCAGGAGAAUGAUGAACUGGGCCCCUUGCCAGACAACUGGGAGAUGGCCUACACUGAGAAGGGAGAAGUUUACUUUAUAGAUCACAAUACCAAAACAACAUCAUGGCUCGACCCUCGACUAGCGAAGAAAGCCAAGCCACCAGAGGAAUGUGAGGAAGAUGAACUUCCUUAUGGCUGGGAGAAAAUAGACGACCCUAUUUACGGCAGUUACUAUGUUGACCACAUUAACAGAAGGACACAGUUUGAGAACCCCGUCCUAGAGGCCAAGAGAAGACUGCAACAGCAACAGCAAAUGCAGAGCCAAGGUCUAUCAGCCCUGCCAUUGCCCACCAUAUACAGAGAAAAGCCUCCAUUUACACGAGAUGCCACACAGCUCAAAGGGACGUUCCUCACCACGGCACUGCAGAAGAGCAACAUGGGAUUUGGCUUUACCAUCAUUGGUGGGGAUGAACCAGAUGAGUUUCUGCAAGUGAAGAGUGUCAUACCUGAUGGACCUGCUGCACAGGAUGGGAAGAUGGACACAGGUGAUGUCAUCGUUUACAUCAAUGACAUCUGUGUCUUGGGCACCACCCAUUCUGAUGUGGUGAAGCUCUUUCAGUCUGUCCCCAUUGGUCAGAGCGUCACCUUGGUGCUGUGCCGAGGUUACCCCCUCCCUUACGACCCCGAAGACCCCUCUGCUAGUUCCUCCAUGCCCCCUUUGGGCCUAGUGGAUCAUCCGUUGCUGCUCAAUGGACGGAACAACUAUGAAAAUUACAUGGAGUACAUGUCUUUGACCGGCCGCUUAGUUCCUGAGUUUGGCGAGGGACUCACUCCACAUCCCCAUCCUGGAGACACUCAUCUGGACGGCUCACAGCCUACAUCCCUGACCACGCCAGGACCACCACCUGAUGACAGCGUCUCCAUGGCUUCAUCUUCAGGUGCGACGUCCGGAGCACAAGUGGCCCCUGAACUUCUGAGUCUCACUAUAACUAAAGGUGCAGAGGGGUUCGGGUUCACCAUAGCAGACAGUCCCACAGGGCAGCGGGUCAAACAGGUUCUGGAGCCACAGGGUUGUCCGGGGUUAUGUGAAGGAGAUCUGAUGGUUGAAAUUAAUCAAAAAGGUCUUCAGGGACUCAACCAUACACAGGUGGUGCAGCUGCUCAAGGACUGUCCAGUGGGAACAGAGGCCACCCUUGUCAUUCAGAGAGGAGGAACAGCAGGCCUCUUCACACCUUGGGAUCCAACAAAACAGUGGGACACUCAAGGAAGCCCGCAGACCAGUUUGACGACCACUUUGCACCCCCAUGGCGCUCCACAUCUUGGCCAGAUGCUACAUCGCUCCUCUGUUCCGGACACAGAGAGCUUUCACUUGGGUAAACCUGACCCCUAUGACCUCUAUGAGAAGUCACGUGCCAUUUAUGAAAGCAGGCAGCCAGUUCCACCUCGGUCAGUGAUGGACUCUACAGGUGUGGAGUACCAGGAAGUAGAGGUUCAUCUCCUGCGAGAGAAGACCGGCUUUGGCUUCAGGAUCCUGGGUGGAGAUGAGGCGGUCCAGGCAAUUGUGAUUGGAGCAAUCAUCGAGAACAGCCCUGCGGAGCGGGAUGGCAGGCUGCGUCCGGGAGAUGAGCUGGUCUCGGUUGACAGGAUGCCUGUGGGGGGGAGACCACACCGCUUCGUCAUCGACCUCAUGCACGCUGCUGCGCGUAAUGGACAGGUCACCCUGACCGUCAGGAGAAGAGUUCUGCUUCAGCAGGGCCAGCCAUGCGAGGAGAACGGUGCAGCGGCAAAUCAGAGCAGCUCUCCCCGAGGCCAUGCAGUGUGCCCAGUCAACUUACCGCCCACAACUGAUGUAGUAAUCCACCGCAAGGAAAGCGAAGGCUUCGGUUUUGUCAUCAUCAGCUCCCUCAACCGACCAGAAACCACAGCCACUAUAACUGUGCCACAUAAAAUCGGUCGCAUCAUCGAGGGCAGUCCAGCCGAUCGCUGUGGGAAACUGAAAGUUGGUGACCGUAUUAUGGCCGUUAACUGUCAGUCUAUUAUCAACAUGCCUCACGCUGACAUCGUCAAGCUCAUCAAAGACGCUGGACUUACUGUCACCUUGCACAUCAUACCAGAGGAAGAUGUAAACGGUGCUCAUUCCGCCCCUACGUCAGAGAAGCAGAGCCCUAUGGUGGCCCAGAAGCACAGUCCCCAGACUCAGUCCAGCCCAUCAGCCCAGCAGAGCCCCAACUUGGUUCACCCCAGCCCACCAGCACCCCACCCCAGCCCAGCCACCACGCAGCCCAGCCCCCUGCUGAUGGAGCCAGGCCCUGGAGCGCCACACAGCAGCUCACCAGUGAAUCUAACCAGCCUCCCUGUGAGUCAGCCCGGCUUAGAGGCCAUGCAUUCGGGAUCAGCGGUGACUCAGGCCACUCCUGUUGUGGAUCCAGGCAUGCCUGGGGUCCAACCCACCUCCAUCGGAUCAGUGACAGUACCACCACAGCUGUACUUACAUGACACUAGGUCGGAGGUUAAAGCCAGACAGGAUGUUAGACCCGAUAUGUGCCAGGCUGCGUACACGGACUACAGACAGCCCCCGGUGGACUACAGACAUCCCCCUGUAGCAGACUACAGACAACCACCGACCAUGGAGUACAGACAUCCACCUGCUCUUAUAGACUACAGACAACACUCCAUCGCAGAUUACCGACCACAGGACUAUGACUAUUUCACUGUGGAACUGGAGAAGAGUGUGAAGGGAUUUGGCUUUAGUAUUCGUGGAGGACGGGAAUAUAAGAUGGACCUGUUUGUGCUGAGACUGGCUGAGGACGGGCCUGCCAUCCGCAAUGGCAGAAUGAGGGUUGGAGAUCAGAUUAUUGAAAUAAACGGUGAGAGUACAAGAGACAUGAGUCACGCUCGUGCCAUCGAACUCAUCAAAGCCGGUGGUCGACGGGUACGUCUGCUGUUGAAAAGAGGCACGGGACAGGUACCGGACUAUGGAAUGGUACCUACCAACCUUUCUAUGUGCAUGAAAAGUGAAACUCUAGCCUCACCCUAUUUCUUCAUAAUGGGACACUCUAAAGACACGACAGUGCCACCUCCCGGAGUGCUGUCUCUCCAGCCACCCCUGCCUUGUCGGAAGUAGUCUCAACCCGCUAGCGUGACACUUACACUUCGCCCGUCAUCUCAUCCAGCCUCAAACCCUGGACUUGCCUCACUGACUUCUUUUGGUGGCAUUAUGUGACAGUCUGGACCAAUCACAGCUCCCCUCGUGGUCAUUCUAGCCCAGAUGCCAACAGAUUUGUGGGAUUUGGCAAACAGAAACAGAAACCAAGGGUGGCAGGUCCACCUGUAUGAGCUGUGCUUUAAAGAGGCAUUCUAACGAAGAAAGAGGAGAAGGAUCGGGAAGAUUUCAUAAAAGUGGACCGUUUACGAACAGUUGCAUACAUAUCAUCCUAAAAAGGAUUGUUGCAUCCCACUUGCUCAUCAUGAAAUCACUGAUCCGAGUUUUUUGUAGAUGAUCCGGUAACCAUCCCAGAUGAACGGCGGCUAAAGUAGCGUGGCUCGCCCUCUUGCCGCUUGAUUCUGAAUCCAAAACUUAUCACAGAGGAAUGGGCCAAACUGUCUAAGCCUACUUCUGUCCAGUGGACCCAAGCUGUCUUUAUUUGUUUAUCCUGUAGAGGUUGUUUAUUUUUUGUAUCAUUUCAAAUUGUUCAUACCACUGCCCCUAAUGAUACCAGGGGUCAAAUAUUGCAAAAUAUAUGUGUAGCAUGAGAAGAGAUUUCUGGGGCAAACCAAGAAUACAUGAACUUGACCACACAAGUAUUGAGGUUCAUAGGUCUGGUGGGAAAAAGAGAAUUUAACCGAGACAUUAUGAAACCCAGAUAAUAAGCAUAAGAGGACACAAGGAGACCACCAUGAUGGCAUCUAAAGGUAAAGUAUCUCGCCAACACAUUUGGGGUGAAUUGUGUGAAACGUCAUAGAGAGUGGACUUAUCCCAUUAGACGUCAAUAAUGAACUCAUGACAAAAUGUUGUUUGAUUUAGUCUAGAGUUGCUUUACCCAGCUGAACAUUCAGUUACAUAUCAUGAACUAAACCAAGCAAGGACUACUACACUCUCGGCUGAAGCUUAAAAGAGGACGUUUCAGAGUCUCAUUUAAGCCUCAUCUUUCCCUUGAAGUUGAGCUACAAUCCCAAACAUCACAAGCAUCUUUCCCAUGUUCCAGAAUGUUCCGUAAGUCAUGCAAGCAAAUUAGCUGCCAUCCGGACCAUUGGAUGGCAAUGAGGGCUGUUUGGUCUGAGACCAAGAGAAAUGUAGUCUUGCGAUGCGUCCUAACCUGUACGAACGUUUACAUGGAGACAUUUUCCAAGAACAUGUCAUUUGAUUUUUCUUUCUUUCAUUAUUUAGUCCACAAAAUGAAACAAUGAUUUGAUAUGUGGCUUCAUUCAUGUACCGUCUGCGGCCGAAAGUCAUUCACUCGUCUGCCCAUAUUGACAUGCCUCUUAUCAUCAUUCUUUUUUCUGUAUUCUGCCCACUGACACUCUUUUACACACCCAUCUUUGCAGUUGUAUCAGUGUCUUCAGAAACUACAAUAACAGAGUUUAACCGGUGCAUAUAUAGACCGUGUAUAAAUGCAGGAUGUAAACAUGACAAAUUACACUUUAUCUAUUGGAUGUUUAUUACUUUAAACCAUUUUCGAGUGGUUAAUAAAAAUAUGUUUUACUGAUCUCAUGUGAAUUCUACUCAUAGAAUGAGAUGUGAACUCACUGAUAACACAUUUUAAUGUCACAUUAGUUCAUGUUUUACAGAAACAAGAGUGCAUCCUCAUGAUAUGGUGCUCUAAACUCCUUCCACAGUGUUGUGGCCGCUAUCUGAAUGAUUGCAAACAGUGUACCGUUGCUAAGCUGUUUCGAACUUCUCUCUACCCUUGAGCGAGUAUACCGGGGCCUUAAGAUCAUUCUUUUGGGAACCGCAUUACACUGGUAGUGCUGUGUGUUUUGCAUUGUAGAUUCAAAAGAAUCAGCUCAUGAGAGUCAUUCAUACGGGAAUCAGACUACACUGGUCUCCUGUGUUUUUUAGGAUGUAGAUUCAAAAGAACCGGCUCAUAAGAGUCAUUCAUUCGGGAAUCAGCCUACAUUUUGUCUCCUCCUGUAUCUUUUUUAGGAUGUAGAUUCAAAAGAACCGACUCAUAAGAGUCAUUCAUUCGGGAAUCAGCCUACAUUUGUCUCCUCCUGUAUCUUUUUUAGGAUGUAGAUUCAAAAGAACCGACUCAUAAGAUUCAUUCAUUCGGGAAUCAGCCUACAUUUGUCUCCUCCUGUAUCUUUUUUAGGAUGUAGAUUCAAAAGAACCGGCUCAUAAGAGUCAUUCAUACGGGAAUCAGACUGCACUGGUCUCCUGUGUGUUUUUUAGGAUGUAGAUUCAAAAGAACCGGCUCAUAAGAGUCAUUCAUACGGGAAUCAGACUACACUGGUGUCCUGUUUGCUUUUUAUGAUGUCGAUUCAAAAGAAUCGGCUCAUAAGAGUCAUUCAUUUGGGAACCACACUACUCUGGUCAUGCUGUAGAUUCAAAAGAACUGGCUCAUAAGAGUCAUUUGUUUGGGAUUCAGACCACUGGUUAUGCUGUGCUUUGCACUAUUGAUUCAGUAGGGCUGCCUUUAAAUAGUGCAGAAGGAAACCCUCUCAGAGUAUUUUAGUACGGCGCAUUAACAGAAAAAUGCACAUUGAAAAACUGUUAAAGAGUUAGUUCAGUCAAAAAAUUACCCUUAGCGACUGCCAAAAUGAUGUGCCGAUUGCUGAUGUCACAGCUGGUUAGGACAAAAACUAAAUCAAAACUGACCAAAACUAGUUCAUUGCUGCAUAUUAUUCCAAAACAAACUAGUGUUCGUAAUAUUUCAUGAAAAUUGAAUGCCUUGAUCCACCUCUGAAAUGACUUUCCUUUUUGGCUGGCAUCACCAAGCAACCCAUUCUCAACCGCGCCUCUUCCAGCCGCUUAUCAUAUAGAGAUCACUUUUCUCAAAAUAUUUAAUUCCUAAUAGGUAAAAUCAAGUAAUACCCUAGAUUUAUUUUCUCCGUGAUUGUCCUGUUUCACUCAGAAAUGCUUACUUGUGGAAUUAAAAUGGGUUGCAGUUUAGGGAAGCAGGAAGUAAUCGUGUUCACAAUAAAUGAUUAACACGGUUCAGGGGUUGCAUUUUCCCUCUGACAUUACAUUUUUACUUUACUGAUGGUUAAGUUUAGGGUUGGGGUUUGGGUGCAUGGUUAAUAAUGCAUUUCUGUUGACUAUUAAAUCAUUUACAUCUAAAACAACUCUCUGUCACUCAUGUCACCUCAUAUUGCCAAAUCUCAUUGGAAAUUAAUGACUUUCGGUCGCUUUGUUGAUGCAAAUUACUGUCAGUGUGAACGGCUCUUACAUUUAUCACUUGACACUAUCACAUUACAUCUGGUUAGGAUAUUGUUAGUGUUCAGCUGGGAACAGAGACAAGGAAAAGGGGUCUUCUCACAUUAUCAAGGCGUGAGCAGGGUCUCUCUGGCAUGAAUGAGUGAGACCCAGUUUUAUGGGACAGAGUGCCUUACUGGCAGGACAAAGAGCAGUAUGAAAUAUGCAUUCUACAUUAAAUAAUGUAAACAUCUUUUGAUUGCACCAUUGAUUUAAACACACAACGGUGAACAACAUGUGAAAAUGUUUUGUUAGAAUCAACUUUGUGAACAUGUAUAGAGAUCAAGAAUAGGUUAAAAAAGUAUUCUUCAAGCAGUUCUUAAAGCAGUAAUAAGGAAACUAAGGAGAGAAUACGUCAAGGUUUGUCUUGUUGCAAAAAAAUGUCCAUACCUCUGUCAUUCUGACCUUUCCAUUUGAUGGAGACUUUUGCAUUCUGUGCAAUGAUAGUGAUCAACAGAAACAUUUACAAUGGAUGAAUUUCAUUGUGUUUUUUUGAAGAGAGUAUUUUAUGCCAUGCAGUGUUUUAGCCUCUUUUUGUGUUCAUUUAAUAGUGAAAUUGACUUCUGCUGCUCUCCACCUAUCAUUCUGAUACCUGUGCCAAUGGAAGUAUGUGGAAUGUAAUUCCUGAUGAGAUUUUCAAGCAGUUUUAGUGAACCACAGAAAAUGUUAAAGAUGUAUACAGAGCUGCAUUGUACAAUGUUGCGUAUCAAUUCAAGCUUACCACAAUCCUACUUCCUAUACCGCAAAAAUCUUUGUCUUAAUUAGCAUUUCUUUUUUGUUUUCCAUUAAAUAUAUCUCAUAACAAUAUUUUCAAUUAAGAUUAUUUGUCUUACCCUAUUGGCAAAUUAGUUUUCUGUCAAAUUAUUUUUAUGCUAAAAAAAAGACAAAACAAAAAGAUGUUAUUUGACAAUAGAUAAUAAAAAAACAAACUAUUUCAAGGUAUAUUAUUGGACAAUUUUGCUUCUCAAGUAAAUGCAUAGUGUUUUAAGGUUGUUUAGAUAUUUUAUUGGAGAACAAAAUAAAUAAAAAAUUUGAAAAAAGAUUUUUGUCUGUAAAAAUCCAAGAUAGUAUUGUACUAAUGUGUGCCACAAUAAAAUCCCCUGUUCGUAUAUCCCUGAUGGUUUUCUACCGAGCACAUCAUAUUUGUACACUCCAUUGAUUCAGUCAUUGGGUGCAGUGUGCUUGAUGAAACUGCUGUUUACAUGGAGAGACAUACAGAGAGACAGUGAAGGAAAAUGUGGAUGCAUUUAUUUCACCGCUCAUAGCUUUUACUGUUUGAAGCUGUAUCCUGCCUGCUGUGAAAAAAUAAAAAGGCAAAAAAAAGAGAGAGGAAAAAAAACUUUUUAUAUAUUGAGGAAAAUAUUGAAUCUGUGAAAGAUGGCACAUACAGGGGCCCAUUCAGAUCAAUAUUACUGUCUAGUGUUAGAUGUGUAUUUACCUUGUACAGCUGUACUCCUAUAAAUAUGGUUUAAUGUAUUAUUGAUAGUUUCAAAGACUAAGUGAUCAAAUAUUUUUAUGAAAUGCAACAGUAUGGAUAUAAUAAAUUUUGCUAAAAUCUUGUUUACCUGUAUGAUAUUCUGAUAUACUGUUAAAUAAACUCUUGACAAGGUCUAAAGUUCAUUUUAUAGUUCUCAUUAUAUACUCAUGUCUGGUUCUAUGAGUGUGAGUGGUUGUUACUGAAAGAUAAU